CAUAUUUCUGGAGAUGAUAAAAGCCCACAAUGAAGUUUUCAAGGAUUUUGCUUUGGGUUUUGACUCUGAAAAAAAUGCCUACAGUGUGAAACUAAUCCCAAAGUUGAAAAAGAAACCUGCAGAAUUUAAGGUGGAACUGACUGAUGGCGAUAAGAAGAAAGAUUUCUACGUGACUAUGAAGAAGGCUAAUGCUGGGUCCUUGAAGGAGCUCAUGAUGGCUAUAAAAGCCAAACCUAGUGACAGAGAAAUUUUGCCACAGUUUAUAAUGCAGAUGUUGGAAGUAAUGUCUCAACACAACUCAAGCAUCAGAUAUGAAAGAGUUGGCAGGAACAGCUUUUAUUCUAUGGAUGGAGCAUUUGGACAUCCAUAUGACAUUGGUGGGGGCAAAGAUGCUGUGGUUGGAUUCUUCGCUUCCCUCAGACCUGCUGCAUGGAAAAAUGGAUCUCUCUUGCUCAAUGUUGAUCGUGAGUAGUUCACAUUGAAUAUU